GGGCAUUGUUACGAUUACUCGAGCCACUCCGCCAUGACGGGAGAGGAGGAGAGGUAUAAAGUUCGAGCAGCGAUGCUCAGAACCUUCAGUCUACAUCCCUCUAGCACCAUACCAUAUCACCAUGACAUCUGCAUCUCGACCAGUAGUAGCCAUCGCCGGAGCCACCGGGCAUCUAGGCAGACAUGUCGCAUCGGCAUUCAUAUCCUCCCCGCUCAGCAGCCACUUCUCGGAGAUUGUGCUCCUCUCUCGAAGCCAGCAGACUCAGAGCAACCCAACCCAGCUGAAAGACCCAUACCCAACCACAAACACCACCAUCAAAGUAACCACCCGAACCUACAGCUACGAAACCCUCCCCACAGCGCUUCAAGGCAUCGACAUCCUGAUCAACGCCAUCGGCCCCUCGGGUCAUGCCUUCAAAGAAACCCUCCUGCGCGCGCUCCCCCACACCUCCGUACAGGUGUACUUCCCCUCCGAAUUCGGGGUAAACCACUACAUCCACGACUUCGCGCAUCCUGAAUGGGACGCCAAAAAGCGACACAUGUCGCUCGCGACGCAGCUCGUCCCCCACACCAAGAGGUGUCGGGUGUUCUGCGGGCUAUUUUUCGAAGACAGCAUCGGGCCGUGGUUCGGGUUUGAUACGACGAACGGGGUGUAUGAGAGUGUGGGGUCGGCUGAGGCGCGCGUGUCGUUCACGUCGCUGGGCGAUGUGGGGAGGGUGGUUGCGGCGUUGGCGACGCUGGCGAGGGAGAUGAUACCGGAUGUUGUGCAUGUUGGGGGAAUACGAGGUCGAUGGCGGAGAUUGCGGUGGUUAUGGAGGCGGGUGGAUGUGAGAGAGGCUGAGCUGGAGGAGUUUAAGAGGGAGACCACGAAGGUGGUCUCGAGGGAUCCGGCAAGGUUUUUGCGCUUUUUGAUGGGGGAGGGGAGGAUUGAUCAUUCUUCUGAGGGGCUGGGGAUAAUCGGGUUGAGUGGGUUGGCGAAGGAGGCGGGGGGCAGGCCCUGGAGGGAUUAUCCGUGGCCUCCGCAGUGA